UUAAGGGCCGACGAAGCUUCGCCAUUUCCUCUUCAGCUGUGACUGUGGUCCGACUGGAGGUUGGUCGUGUCCGUGUGCUCCUGACUCACCGCUGUUCGUUCACUUUCAAAGUCCCAAGCGAAGAAGUCGACGGAUAAGUCGGUCAGGAGGUUACCAUGGCAUUUAAAGAUCCUGGCAAAGCACCUGUAGAACAGGAGGUUGCAAUUCACCGCAUUAGAAUUACCUUGACCAGCCGGAAUGUAAAAUCACUUGAGAAAGUUUGUGCUGAUCUAAUUCGUGGUGCCAAAGAGAAGAAUCUGAAGGUCAAGGGACCUGUUCGCAUGCCCACCAAGACUCUGCGUAUCACAACAAGAAAGACUCCAUGUGGUGAAGGUUCCAAAACCUGGGAUCGCUUCCAAAUGAGGAUCCACAAACGUCUAAUUGAUUUACACAGUCCAUCUGAAAUUGUGAAACAGAUCACCUCCAUCAGUAUCGAGCCUGGUGUUGAAGUGGAGGUUACAAUUGCCGAUGCUUAAAUGUCUAUGGAAAUAAGUACAAUAAAAGAAAUUUAAAAUCCUA